AACGGCAGAAACAAAGUCAAAGGAACACAAAUGCAGAUGCAAAUGGCGAUGAACAUUCAGCUGACACCUUUUAUUUCUAAUCCCCGACAAGGACAACUCCUGAACCUUAAUUUUCCAAACAAACAUUCAACACUCACUUGCUGCGCUAUUCGUAAUUCAGACCUCAAACUAUCUCAGACUCAGAGACUUGUCCAUCACUUCAAUCCCAAAACUCCCAUAGAGGAAGCCGUUACUCCCCCAACAUCAUGGUACACUCAUCCCUCUUUCUUCCACCUUGAGCUCGAUCGUGUCUUCUACAGAGGCUGGCAAGUUGUGGGAUCCACAGAGCAGAUAAAGGAUCCCCGUGACUAUUUCACUGGAAGACUAGGAGAUGUGGAAUAUGUGGUCUGUCGAGAUGAUAGUGGCAUUGUCCGUGCCUUUCACAAUGUCUGUCGUCAUCAUGCUUCUCUUCUUGCUUAUGGAAGUGGAAAGAAGUCCUGCUUUGUCUGCCCUUAUCAUAUAUUAAAAGACAGAUUUCUGCAGGGGUGGACAUAUGGAUUCAAUGGAGCACUUCUCAAGGCAACUAGAAUAUCAGGAAUGCGAAAUUUCAAUGUAAAUGAUUUUGGCCUUUUGCCAAUGAAAGUAGCUACCUGGGGACCUUUUGUUCUUCUCAAUUUGGAAAAAGAGAAUCUUUCUAAGAAGGAAGUUGAUAGCCAUAAUGUGUCAAAGGAAUGGCUUGGUAGCUCUUCAGAAAUACUGAGUACCAAUGGAGUUGAUUCUUCACUAAGUUAUGUUUGUAGACGUGAAUACACAAUUGAAUGCAAUUGGAAGGUAUUCUGUGAUAACUACUUAGAUGGUGGCUAUCAUGUGCCAUAUGCACAUAAAGGCCUUGCAUCUGGUCUUAAGCUGGACUCCUAUUCUAUCACAAUGUUUGAAAGGGUUAGCAUCCAAAGUUGUGAAGGCAGCUCAGAGAAAAACAAAGGGAAUUAUGAUCGACUUGGAAGAAAAGCUAUAUAUGCUUUUGUUUACCCUAACUUCAUGAUAAAUAGGUAUGGACCUUGGAUGGACACCAAUCUUGUGGUUCCACUAGGACCCAACAAAUGUCAAGUAAUAUUUGACUACUAUCUUGAACAUUCUCUGAAGGAUGACAAAGAUUUCAUAGAAAAAAGUUUACAAGAUAGUGAGAAAGUGCAGAUAGAAGAUAUUGUGUUGUGUGAAGGUGUCCAGAAGGGCCUCCAGUCCCCAGCAUAUCGUGUGGGCAGAUAUGCUCCAACGGUUGAGCAGGCCAUGCACCAUUUUCAUUGUCUGCUCUAUGAAAACCUUGCAAAAUAAAUCCCCGUCAGUGACAUGUAAUUAUACCUUUUAAGAGUAAAAAAUGUCACGUGAAAAUUGGUCAAGACUAUAUCUAGUCCGAAACCAUGUAAUAGUUUGUUGUCAAUUUAAGAUAAUAAAAUAAUAAACUACUGCUGCAAUCAAUAAGCAGAGACAUACUUGCACUGGGUGUUUGGCUGAAUAUGAAAUUGAUGGGUGUUGUGUAAAUACACCAUUUGUGAGUAUUCUGUUAUUUUAAUCA